CGCACGUCGGCCGGGCGGUUUUGCAGCUGCAGGGGCGGAGCGCGACAAAGAUCGCAAGUACGGUGCCAACUGUCGGCAGAAAGGCUACACCUUCGUGCCCCUAGCAGCGGAGACAUUCGGCCGUUGGGGUGGCGAGACCCUCACUCUGCUUCGCCGUCUGGCGCAGCGGCGCGUCCUCCCACCCGCCAGCUCUGCAGAAGACCGUGCAUUUUUUCAUGAGGGUGUCAUGAACCAUUGGGGGCAGUGUUUGUCGGUCGCGCUGAUGCGCUGGAAUGCUUUUCAAGUGUCCUGCCGCGCUCAUCAUGCGGCCGAUGCUCGGACACAGCAGCGGGCGGGUCUGUUUCCUGAAGACCUCAUCUCUCGAGGGCCCUACAGGGCACAAACCCGGACGUUUGCCUGCCAGGACCGGCCGUGA